CUGACUUCAAAAUGUUCAAACUUGCGUCCUGACAGGCAAAGCACGAGGCACCAGAGAAACAGAUCAAAUCAAUGACACUUUAACAUCAUGUAAUGUCUUAUAAUAAUAAUAAUAAUAAUAAUAAUACAGCUGUUAUAUCAAUACAUACACAUGGCGUGCUUCUUCAGGAGAACUAUCGCACUGCAGCUUGCACAGAUUUGUGGACAGUCUGAGUCUGUUUUUAUUCCUCUGAUCUCUGCAGUUCCAGUGUCAAAGAAACAGUCGACGGCUGAUGUGCGGGUCUCAGUGAAUUCUCUGGUGCAGAUUGGAGCUGUUAUACCUGAUGGAGAUCUGCAGAUGAUCACUGACACACUCGUCAAACAGAUAAAACUGGAUGGCGUUGUUGACGAGGUCAUUGCUGGUCGAGGAGUGAUUCACUUCAGAUUAAAUAAAUUGAUCCUGGCACAGAAACUAUUAAAGCAACUGCAUCUAGAGCCUGAUACGUUUGGGGUGAAGAGUGAACUUCUGACUCAUCUUCAGGGUGGCAGGACACUUGUGGAGUUCAGUUCUCCAAACAUCGCUAAAAAGUUUCAUGCUGGACAUCUUCGUUCCACAAUUAUUGGAAACUUCAUUGCCAACCUAAAGAAGGCUUUGGGGAAAGAGGUUAUUCGAGUGAAUUAUUUGGGUGAUUGGGGAAUGCAGUUUGGUCUUUUGGGAGCAGGCUUUGAACGGUUCGGAUCUCAAGAGAAGCUGAGAGCACAUGCCCUCCAGCACCUAUUUGAGGUGUAUGUUCAAGUGAACCGUGAGGCCAAGUGUGAUGAUAGCGUGCGUUUGGCUGCUGCAGAGUUCUUCAGACGUCUCGAGCAGCAUGAGGAUCAGGCCCUGUCACUGUGGAAACAGUUUCGCGAGAUCACAGUUGAGGAGUAUAAACGCAUCUAUGAGCGGUUAGGAGUUCACUUUGAUCAUUAUUCUGGAGAGUCUUUCCAUCAGAGUCAAACACACAAUGUUCUGGAGGAUCUGAUGAGCAAACACCUGUUAAAGACCACUGAGAAGGGCACAGGUGUGGUAGACAUGUCUGGGGUAGGUGAUAUGUCAUCCUACGCAACAUUAGUGCGCAGUGAUGGGACGUCUCUGUACAUCACCAGAGACAUCGCAGCAGCGUUGGACAGAAAGGAGAGGUUUGGCUUUGAUGAGAUGAUCUAUGUGACAGAUAAGAGUCAGUCCGUCCAUUUCCAGCAGCUCUUUCACAUCCUGUUAGCCAUGGGACACCAGUGGGCAGAGAGGUGUCAUCACGUAGCGUUCGGGCUGGUUCAGGGCAUGAGUACGCGGCGUGGAGAAGUGCUGUUCCUGGAGGACGUGCUGGAGGAAGUGCGAAACAGGAUGCUCAACAACAUGAGACAGUCCACAACUUCAAAAGUGCUAGAGGAUCCAGAACAAACAGCAGAGAGGGUUGGGAUCAGUGCUUUAAUUAUACAGGACUUUAAAGGGCCUCUGAUGUCUGAUUAUAAAUUUGAGUGGGACAAAGUCCUGCAGGCUCAAGGGGACACGGGUGUAUUUCUGCAGUACACACACGCCAGACUCUGCAGUUUGUUGAGAAGACAUGAGAAUGAGAAGUACACGUUCUGUGAUGUUUCACCUCUCUUGGACAACAGAAGUAUUUCCAUUCUUCAGCACCUGCUCAGAUAUGAUGAAGUGCUUCUUCAGUCAGCGUGUGACCUGCAGCCCAGACAUCUGGUCAACUUCCUCUUUACUCUGAGUCAUCUGGUGGCCUCGGCCCAUCGACAGCUGCCUGUGAAGGGAAGUUCUCCAGAGGUGGCUCAGGCCAGACUCUGUCUAUUCAGCUCUGUCUGCUCCGUUCUGGCCAAUGGCAUGAGGAUUCUGGGUAUUACACCUGUGGAGAAAAUGUGAUGUUCUUUUAAUUAAAGGAACAGUUCUCUUAAAAUUGAAAAUACUAUCAUUUCUUUAUCACCGUUACGUUGUUCCAAACCCGUCUGUUGUUAUUUUUACCUGGAGCACAAAAGUAGAUGCAUCUGCCACACUAACAAAACAUAAAAGUACUGGUGUUCUGUGCUAGUCAUGUGCAAUAUUCAAGUCUUCCAAAGUAAUUUGAUAGACUAAAAUGUUAAGUAAUUAUUCACUGAUAAUCUGCUCCGCUGAAGCUUGCAUUCAGAUAAAAAAUAAAAUUGUGUGUUAAUGUCAUUAAAGGCAAAACACCAUUGAUUCACAUUUGUCUAGUAACUGAACAUGACAUGCCAGUUUUGAAUUCUGAGAUUAUGAGUGAAUAAUGACUUAAAUUUCAGUUUGUUCCACACAGAAAAUUAUCAUAUGACUUCAGAAGACUUGGAACAUGCCACAUGAGACGUAUGGAUUAUUUUUGUCUUUUUUGACCUUGACAAACAUGGUCACUAUGAGUUGUUUAAUGGAAAGAAAUAAGUCAUCCAAAAAUUCUACUUUUGUGUUCCACUGAAAUAAAAGUGUAUGGUUUGAGACGACAUGAAGGCGAGUAGAUAAUGACAGAAUUCUACACUGCCUGGCCAAAAAAAGUUGCAUACUCCAAUAUUUCAUUGGACCGCCUUUAGCUUUGAUUACGGCACACAUUUGUCGUGGCAUUGUUUCAACAACCUUAUGCAACUUCACAACAUUUAUUUCCGUCCAGAGUUGCAUUAAUUUUUGGCCGAGAUCUUGUAUUGAUGACGGGAGAGUUGAACCACUCUGUAAAGUCUUCUCCAGCCCAUCCCAAAGACUUUCAGUGAGGUUAAGGUCAGGACUCUGUGGUGGCCAAUUCAUGUGUGGAAAUGAUUCCUCAUGUUCCCUGAACCACUUUUUCACAUUUGAGCCCGAUGAAUCUUGGUACCGUCAUCCUAGAAUAUGCCCAUACCGUCAGGGGAAAAAAAAUCCAUUGAUGGGAUAACCUGGUUAUUCAGUACAUUCAGGUAGUCAGCUGACUUGAUUUUAUUGCCGCAUAACGUUGCUGAGCCUAGACCUGACCAAAUGAAGCAACCCCAGAUCAUAACACUGACUCCAGAGACUUGUACAGUGGACACUAUGCAUGAUGGGUGCAUCACUUCAUGUGCUUCACUUCUUACCCUGAUGUGCCCAUCGCUUUGGAAUAGGGUAAAUCUGGACUCAAACCACAUGACCUUUUUCCAUUGCUCCACAGUCCAAUCUUUAUGCUCCCUAGCAAAUUAAAGUCGUUUUUUCUGAUUAGCCUCACUAACAAGUGGCUUUCUUGUGGCCACACAGCUGUUUAGUCCUAAUCCUGUAAAUUCUCGUCCCAUUGUUCAUGUGGAAAUGCUCUUACUUUCACUAUUAAAAAUAGCUGUGAGUUCUACUGUCUAUUUUUUAUGAUGUGACUUAAAGUGUUUUAGUGAUCUCUGAUCGCGAUUAUUCAAGAUUUUGUUCCGACCACAUUUCUUCAGUGAAGCUGACGGUUCACCACUAUCCUUCCAGGUUUUAAUAAUGCAUUGGACAGUUCUUAACCCAAUUCCAGUGAUUUCAACAAUCUCCUUAGUUGUUUUCUUUGCUUGAUGCAGGCCAAUAAUUUGCCCCUUCUGAAACACAGUAACAUCUUUUCUACGACCACGGGAUACGUCUUCCGACAUGGUUGUUUAAGAAAUGAGUAGCUACACACUGCAUCAGUUAGGGUUAAAAGAAUUGUUGCCAGCUGAAACAUAUUAAUUAUUGCAAUAAUGAUCCAAUCAUAGGCUUUUAAGUAUCUGCUUAUUUAUAUACAAACGAUGACUUUUUUUUUUUUUUGGCCAGGCAGGUGUAAAUUCAUUAUAUGACUAAAUAUGUAAAUUAUAUGUCAACUAUAAAUCUGUUUUAACAUGUAGAAUCUUUUGUGUUUGGCUUACAUUUUUUAUUGGCCAUAUUUAAAUUACAUACAGUAUGUUUUGAAAUGUGAUAUACAAACACUAAGAGCCACUGAGAACUGCAUGUCUAGUUUAGUAUGCCCAAAAAAGACCAAUAUACAUGUAAAGUUUUGGCGUGGCAUUUUCUGCAUGUAUGAAAUGGUCCUAGUGAAGAAAUAUAUGUCAUUAAUAAUACCGCUAAUAGUGCCAGCACCAUAUGAUGCCCUCAGUAACAGCCAAGUUAGUAUGGCAGAGCAUAACAUGAGAACUUCAUACCUUCAUAUAGCCCUUCACUUUCAAGCCACUAAUGAAACACAAAUCAAACUCAUUGCAGUCAACACAAACCAGGUUUAUCUUUGAUUCAACCCAUAUUUAAAGUAGUUUUUGUCGUAGACUUUGAUUGGACACAUAAGUCAACAACACAAAAAAAUUGCAUUUUUGCCUUCCCUUUAAAAGUUUAUUAGCCUUUUUUUAAUUUACUGUAUCCUAACAAUGCAAGAUUAGAUGGUUUGUAGCAUUUUAUUAUCUGCAUUUGUCACUGCUGUCUGCAAUCAGAACCGAGGCCUGUUGAACAAACUCAAAGUUUCAGAGUAAGUUUCAGGUUGACAAAACCAGUUUAGAUCGGGUUCAGUGAUCUCAAGACGCUCGCUAUAAAGUUUUUCUGUCAACUCAAGAGUUUGAUCCAGAGCUCAUGAUUAACCCUGAAGCGUGUGCACAUGAAUUCAACAUUUGAUACCAACAGCCAGUGUGUGAAGCUCCGAGAGAGUUUGCGCAAUUUACUUCUCACAUAAAAUUCAGUGUGAUUUACGUCUCAGCUGAAGAUCAAGAGAACAUUAUCAAAGUAUGAAGAAUUGAAACAUUUACACAGUAAGAGAAAAAACAGCUGAUCCAUCAAAGUUAAAAAAAAAUAACACCAGUAAAAACCAACCUGCCUUCUUGAGACUGAAAAA